UUCAACUAGCACAAUAAACCACACUUCACUUCAUUUCUUCACUAAACCCAAAACCCUAAACAUGGCAUCAUCGUCAUCUUCCACUCUCCUCCGCCGCGCCCGCCACCUCUCGACCGUCGCCGCCACCACCGUCACAAACCCAACUCCGAUGACCAUUUCCAAAGCCAAAUCAAAGCUCAGAACAGAACACGAUACUGACAAAGCCCUAGACAUUUACUCAACUGUCCAAUCAAAUCAUUCCACAUCAUCUCCAGGAUCUGCCCACCAUGCCCAACAGAUCACUGUCCGUCGUCUUGCGAAAUCUCACAGAUUCUCCGACAUUGAAACUUUAAUCGAAUCUCACAAAAAUGAUCCAAGAGUUACCGACGAAGGUUUUCUUUCGUCGCUAAUUAGGUCAUAUGGGAUUGCGGGUAUGUUUGAUAAUGCUUUAAAGACUUAUACCCAGAUGGAAAUUACGAAAACACCCAGGUCUGCUUUAUCUUUUAAUGCUUUACUUACUGCUUGUGUGAAUUCCAAGAAAUUUGAUAAUGCACCCCAACUGUUUGAUGAAAUGCCUGUUAAGUAUGGGUUUAAACCCGACGAUUAUUCGUAUGGGAUACUUGUAAAAUCUUAUUGUGAUGCUGGAAAACCGGAAAAGGGGAUGGAGAAGUUGAAGGAAAUGGAUGAAAUGGGUGUGAAAGUUUCCGGGGUUACUUAUACGUCGAUUAUACAUUCGUUGUAUAAGAAAGGGAAUGUAACUGAGGCGGAACGUGUUUGGGAUGAGAUGGUGAGUAGAGGAUGUGUGAUUGAUGUUGCCGCUCAUAAUGUUAGGUUGAUGAAUGCGGCUGAUGGUGAGCCUGAGGACGUUAAGAGAAUGAUUGAGGAAAUGAUUAGUGCAGGGCUGAAACCGGAUACGAUAAGUUAUAAUUAUUUGAUGACUUGUUAUUGUCGGAAAGGGAUGAUGAGGGAAGCUAAAGAGGUUUAUGAUAAGUUGGAAGAACAUUGUUGUAACCCGAAUGCUGCUACUUUUAGGACUUUGGUGUAUCAUUUGUGUAAGAAUGAGCAGUUUGAGACCGGGUAUAAGGUGUUUAAACAUAGUGUGAAGGUGAACAAGAUACCGGAUUUUAAUACUUUGAAGUAUCUGGUUGAAGGUUUAGCUAAAAAGUCGAGGACUAAGGACGCCAAAGGGAUGAUCAGGACAAUGCGGAAGAAGUUUCCUCCUAAUCUUUUGGUUGCUUGGGCUAAAAUCGAGAAGGAUCUUGGUUUAGCUAGUACUGAAACUGAGGCUGCAAAACAAGAUAGGACAUAAGCCCUUUGGGAUGGUUAUUGAAUAAAACUCGGUUUAUACAUCAUUUUGUUGACGUGAUUCAACAAACGGGAAACCAAUAGCUUUCAGUUAGACUGAUAUAAGGCGUUUCAUCUGGUCGCCGGACGUUGUCAACAAGGUAACUGAAACAAAGUUUAUAUUUAAUAGUUUAUCUUGCUGUUGAAUGAUUGAUUUUAUUUGGUUAUAAGCAAAUACUAAUUUUGAGUUAUUGUUAGCUCAAUGAGAGAGCUUUUAGAGAAUUUUGUUUAUAUAUUCGUCAGUUAGAAGUUC